UCCCUUGCAUCGUGUUUACAAAGUAAGCUGUCAAUCAAACAGCAGGACGGACACAUGGAUCAACAACAGGGUGAUAAAAAUCUGACUGUGUUCGUAGGACCAUGGGGAGGAAAUGGAGGAACCGUUUGGGACGACGGGAUCUAUCAUGGUGUCCGCCAGAUCAACCUUGUAUAUGAUCAUUGCAUUGACUCCAUCUCUGUGGUCUACGAUAAGAAUGGUAAACCUGUAAGAUCAGAGAAGCAUGGAGGUCAGGGAGGCAACAAAACAACUGAGUUUCUGCAGAUAAAGCUGCAAUACCCAGACGAGUAUCUGAUUGGCGUGAGUGGUUACUACUGUUCGGUAGUUCACGGUGGCUCUCCUGUGAUCAGAUCAAUGACCUUCAAGAGCAAUAAACAAGUGUAUGGACCUUUUGGAGUUGAACAAGGAACACCUUUCACUUUCUCAGUCAAUGGAGGACGCAUUGUUGGCAUGAAUGGUAGGAGCGGCUGGUACCUUGACUCCAUCGGCUUCCAUCUAUCACGCCCCAAAUCUACCAAGAUGAUCCACAAGCUUCGUAGGAAGAUUCAUUGGCUCACAAGAAUAGUAGCAUGA